AUGUCUCGUCAUCCGUUGAAAUGUGACGAGCAGAGAAAUAUAGCGGAGGAAUAUGUAGCAUUCGUUUCCGCACAGGCAGUGCCAAAUGCAAUGACACUAGAUGAAGUAAAAUUAGAAUCAGUCAAAGAUAAAACUAUACAGAAAGCGAUUGAAUACGCAAAGAAUGGAAAAUGGCAUGAAAUGAAAACAGUGACAGAUUUUAAAAUCGACAUGGAAGAGCUGGUGGUACUCAGAAGCGUAAAAGAUGAAUUGACGGUUCACAAUGACACGGUCUUAUUAAGAAAUGACAAAUUAGUGAUACCGAAAACACUCCGAAAUCGUGCGAUAAAACUGGGACAUGAAGGGCACCAGGGAAUUGUUAAAACUAAAAGCUAUAUACGAUCAAAGGUAUGGUUUCCGAACAUGAAUGCAGAAAUUGAAACAGCAAUACAAAAAUGUCUAGCCUGUCAAGCCAACUCAAGGGAACCAAGACCGCGAGAACCACUGAAAAUGUCAGAUUUGCCAUCUGGACCUUGGAAAAAUAUAAGUGCAGAUUUUUGUGGACCUCUAGAAAACGGUGAUUACCUAUUGGUUGCAGUAGAUGAGUACUCGCGAUAUCCAAUAGUGGAAAUAGUAAAGAGUGUUUCAGCAAAUAUGGUCAUACCGGUUAUGGACAAAAUAAUUUCAAUGUUUGGUGUCCCCAAAGUGAUUAAAACAGAUAAUGGAUCGCCAUUUAAUAGUACGGCAUUUGCGGACUUUGCAAAAUUUUACGGUUUUAUACACAGAAAAAUCACGCCUAGGUGGCCAAGGGCUAAUGCUCAGGCAGAAGCAUUCAACAAACCGUUGAUGAAGAGUGUUAAAUCGGCAUUCAUGGAGGGAAGGAAUUACAAACAAGAACUGUUCAGAUUUCUCCGCCAGUACAGAGCUACACCGCACGUGUCAACUGGAUUUACGCCAUUUCGGCUAAUGUUCGGAAGGGAACCGGUAACGCGUAUGCCAGACAUUAAUCAACACCAAAAUGAGGACACGCGUGCAGACGAAAUAGCACGAAGAAAUGAUGAGUUAUCAAAAGCAAAAUCAAAACAAUACGAGGACCAGCGAAUGAACGCACGAGAACGAAACAUUAACGUCGGAGACAGAGUUUUACUUAGAAACGAAACACCAAGAAAGUCAAGUACAAUGUAUAAUCCAGUCCCAUAUAAAGUUAUAAACAAAAAGGGACCAAUGAUAAGUGUUCGAAAUGAUGAAGGACAUUGUGUCACCAGGAACUCAUCUGUUAUGAAAACAGUAGAUCCAGACUUAAUGGGGAAUACGCCUAAACAGCACGGGGAAAGCGAUAUUGAGGACUAUCAGGGGGAGGAACUCGCUGAAAGACAAAACACGAGUUAUGCGGCAAGGCCAGCACGAGAUAGUCGUCCGCCCGCAUAUUUAAAAGAUUUUGUAAGUUAG